UUUACAUGAAAUAACAUGCUUUUUAAUUCACAGAGAACUGCAGAAGAGCAGGGAACUGAAAAUGAGGGACCAAAAACACUCUUCCACAGACUUCACCUUGACAAGCAUCAGUAUAAACUGAGAGCUGCAGAUGUUCUUCAGUUGACUGCACAUUCAUUACAGUCCCAUGAGUCUUGUGCUGAAGACGAGCUGAUUCAGACGUUCAUACACAAACUGCUGAUGAUGGACUAUGAAGCAAGAUGUAUUAAUAUUAAGCCCAAUGAGGAAGGUCACACUCAGAAAUGUAAUGAUUCAUUUAAACAAGAAGUUGAUUUUGACGUUUUUUUUUCCGAAUUAAUGUCAGACAACAAAACAAGUAAAAGUGAGCCUGUUCAUCCAAUGGAUGUUCAGAUGGCAGCGUUUCAUUGUGCUGAUGGCUUCCUGAAGCAGCUGAUGGUGACUAAACUCUCUCAGUGUCAGUAUGCUCUGCCUCUGCUUGUUCCCGAUCCAUUCACACAACAGAUAGUGUUUCCUCUCUGGACAUUCAGACAAAUCAACAAGAGCUGGAAGAAGAAAAUUUCAGACAGUGAGAUCAUUAGUCGAAUCCAUCCGGUCUACAAGGCACAGACUCCAAUGGUGUCUUUCUUCAGGUUUGGCUCUGUUUCCUCAUCCAAGUCUCAGCUGAUGAACAGACUGAUCAAUGAGAAACACAACGCGUUCUUCCACAGGAGCUGCCCAGGCAGCAGCAGAACCAGAGUCCUGAUGGAUGGAGUGGUGGAGAUCACCUGGUUCUGCCCCGCUGGGAAAAACACGGAUAAAUUCAAUGACUGCGUUGCAUUCUGUAACCUCCACGGUGAUGCAGCAGACAAUGAGAAACAGCUACAGAUUCUCACUGAAAUGGCCUCAGUCAAUGUUGUUCUUCUACCACAACUUCAGAGGAAUGACAAAAGAAUGGAACAAGUCGAAAAGCUCUAUAAUGACUCAAAACCACUCAUUUGUCUUUUUGCUGAGAGGGAUUUAGCUCUUACUGAGACACGGAAAGGAAAAUAUAAAUUUGGUUUGAAAAACCGAAGCCAAUCAGAUAUAUCUAAAGAACUCAGAAAAGCUAUAAGUGAUUGUAUUUCUCUGUCCUCUUCCACUUUCGUUCUUGAAGAUGUGUCCGAACACUCAGACAUCAUAGUAGAUGAGAGAAAUGAUGACGACUGCAGGAGCGGAAAAGAAGCAGCACAGCAGAUGAUGAGAUUACUGGAGGAUAAAAAACUGUCUGAAAUCAAAGAAUCAGUUCUGCCCCAUCAGGGGAAAGUGUGGCAUCAGUGGUGUCAGAAGAACAGAGAACUACAUCGACCUCAAGCUAAUGAAUUAGACACAGAUAAAAAAAGCAGAGACUUGAUGAAAAUCCGUGAACAGCAGCACGAGUAUGACAUCAGUGAGUUUAUGAAGAUCUUUAUUAAGGAAACAAACUCAGGUUCCACAAAGAAGAUGUUUUUCCUAAAAUGGCUUGGAAUCCUCCUGGAUGAAAAUACCUCAGCUGACCUUUCUGCUCUUCAUCAGAAGUAUAAUGAACAGUGGUCAACAGUUUUACAACUGAAAGAGGACAAUGAUAAAUCUGAACAGCGUAAGACUGAAAAAACUAAACUCGAGAGAAUCUCUGAGGAACUUCAAACUGCAGCCUUUGGCUUGGAGCACAUCAUGAGGGAGAUUGGUCAGAUCUAUGAGUCAUGUAUAUCUGUGCAGAAGAUCAAGGUCGGCCUGGAGUUUGAGAUCUCUUCUCUGCCGAGUCUUGCAGCAGAGAUGAUGAUCUCUGGAUUUCCACUGGAACUGAUGGACGGAAAUGCUGCUCAUGUUCCUGUGAUCUGGGUUACUGCUGUUCUAGAUGAACUUAUCAAGAAACUUGGAGACAUGAGAGUCUUUGUGAUAUCAGUUUUAGGGGUUCAGAGCUCUGGGAAAUCCACCAAGCUGAACGCAGUGUUUGGACUGCAGUUUGCUGUCAGGACCACCAGAGGAGCUUUCGUGCAGCUGCUCAGAGUGUCAGACGAGAUGAAAGCACAGCUAGACAUUGACUGUAUUCUGGUUGUAGAUACCGAAGGUCUUCAUAGUUCUGAGAUGGCUGUAAGAUCAAGACAUCAUGACAAUGAAAUGGCCAUGUAUGUUGUUGGGCUCGCAAAUGUGACACUGAUCAACAUCUUUGGAGAAAACCCAGCUGAGAUGAAAGACAUUCUUCAGAUUGUUGUUCAGGCCUUCCUGAGGAUGAAGAAGGCCAGACUGAAUCCCAGCUGUGUGUUUGUGCAUCACAACGUUUCAGACAUCACAGCUGGAGAGAAAAACAUGGAUGGAAGGAGACGACUGCAGGAGACACUGGAUGAGAUGACAAAACUCGCUGCUAAAGAUGAAGUCUAUGAUAAACUAUGUUUCAAUGACGUCAUUUUAUCUGAUGUAAGGAAUGAUGUGAAGUAUUUUGCUCAGCUUUGGGAGGGCAGCCCACCCAUGGCACCAACAAACCCAAACUACUGUGAGAAUAUGCAAGAACUGAAGGACACUAUUAUGUCUCAUGUGUCUAAAUCAGAUAGAAUAAAGCUGACUGACUUUAAAGAUCGUAUUAAAGAUCUCUGGGAUGCUUUACUGAAUAAACAAUUUGUAUUCAGCUUUCCAGAGACAGAAUACAACAAGUGGUCCUGGACUCUUCGGAGUGCCAUGCUGGAAACUGAAAACACCCUUAUUGAAAAGAGCAAAGAACUUGUCUUAAAACUCAAGGACCGAGCAAAAGAUGAGGAAACACUGAAGAAGGAGUUUGAUUUGUUUUGGACAGAGUGUGUGAAGACGAUCAUCACAGAUACUCCAAUCAAAGACAUUGACAUAAUGAAAGAGGUGAAAAUACUCCUCAGUGACAUCUAUAAAGAUUCUCCUGUAGACUCUUGGAGGGAGAGCAGCGAGUGCAGGGAUGUUUUAUCUGUAGCAAGUUAUUCAGGUUAUGUACAGUUAAAGAAAUCCAGUGGAUUUAGAGGUCAUAUUAAAAAUGCAAUCAAAGCAACUAAAAAAAGGUUUGGUAAUGCUCUCUCUAAAGAGGACGAAAUCCAAAUAGGAAUCUUUGUCACAGAUGUUGCCCAGCAAAUAGAUAAAAAGAUCAUGUCAUUUAACAUUGCAAAAAUGGGCUUCAACGUCAGCUGCAUUCAACAACUUGUAGAUUACAUCAAAGCAAGAUUUCGACAACAUCAGGAAAUAUCAGUGAAAUAUGUGUUCAAGAAUGAAUUCUUUGUUGACUUGGUUUGUUCCAUCUUUAAGAGAGCAAACAAGGCACUCACUCAGCAACACAGACUAUUUAGAGAAGCCAAUGAUCCUGUUCUCUAUCUGCAGAAGAAGAAAGAAGAGCAUUACAGUAUUUUCAAGAAGCACCUCCAGGGAGCUGCAUCAUCUGUGAUUUUUGGUGAGAUCUUGUGUCAGAAACUUAAAGAGUGCACUGAGCAGAGCAUCUACAGAAAGUCUGCAAGAGAUCUGAUAAAUGACAUUAGACUAAACUGUAAAUCACUGAAUGGAAACAGGUUAAAUCUGGAGAUACACAUCCUGAAGCUUUUAGCAGAACGGGAGGAUUUUUCUGUGUACAUGGAGUACAUUAAUCAUCCCAGAGAGCACUUUAAAAAUGUCAUCAGAGAUGAAGUCGGUCAGUAUAUGGCUCGUAGACUCAGUGUCAGUGUUUUGCCCACAAUGCAGAAGAACGUUGAACUCAUGCAGAAGAGGAUCAUCGAUGCCGUUCAUGAAUCUACUGAACAUGUUCAAACAAACCGUGGAAAUGUUGAUAUGUGGUUGAAGACUUUCACACAGCAGCUUUCAGGUGUGCUGAUAUUUUCUGAAAAAGAGCUGAAUGAAGUCAAACAUGAUGAUGUUGAUUUCAACCUUCUCAAAGAAGUGAUAACAACAAAACUUCCUGCUAUAAUGCCUGACACGAGCAAAGAGUUCAACACAGAUACAUUUUACGAAAAACUGGACCUCAAGGACAGACCAGACGAGUUUCUGAUUGAUCAGUUUUGUCAGUCCUGUUGGGUUCAGUGUCCCUUCUGUAAAGCCACAUGCACACAAAUAGAAAACCAUGACGGAGAUCACUGUGUACUUUCACACAGAAUAACUGGAGUCAGUGGGCACUGUUAUGAUGGAACAAAUAAUCUGUGUAGAAUUUUCUGCUGGACUGCAAGUAAAAAUCGUUUUAAAACAUCAAAUAACAUCAGAAUCGCAAGAGAAGUUUGCGAUGACAGGUUUUUGCUUGUUUCAGAAUAUCCUACUUAUCCUAAACGGAUAUACUGGAAGUGGUUUGUGUGCAAAUUCCAAAAGAAUCUGGAAGAGUACUAUGACAAAUCAUUCAAGGGUAGGAUCCCAUCAAAUUGGAGAUUACACACAAAAAAUGAUGCAAUUAUUAGUUUAAACCUAUACAAACUUUUUGGAUAUAUUCGUUAAAGACUGGAAAAGUCCAAAUACAUUUCAUGUAUGAAUAAAGACAAAAAAAAUAUUGGAAAUAAUGAGACAUAUCUGAAGUAGGGGAUUCUAAUGCAGCAAUGUACAAUAUUUGAGACAAUCUGAUGUCUGACGUGUUUUGGGGUCUUUCUCUAUGUUUAGACUUGAAUAAACAUUAAGAACAGAUUUGAAACAUUACUGACUUGGUAACCCUAAAGGGGGCAAGGUAUCCUGGGGGAUACAAACAUUUGAGAAGCUGUGAAAGUGUGGGUCUUAUUCCUAGGUUUCAUUUUGAAAGGGUGUUUGUUGUGAAUAUUUGUGACCCUGGAGCAGAAAACCAGUCUUAAGACGCUGGGGUAUGGGGUAUAUAGCAAUAGCCAACAAUACAUUGUAUGGGUCAAAAUUAUACAUUUUUUCUUUAUGCCAAAAAUCAUUGGGAUAUUAAGUAAAGAUCAUGUUCCAUGAAUCUGUUUUGUACAUUUCCUAUCGUAAAUAUAUUAAAACUUAAUUUUUGAUUAGUAAUAAUAAGCAUUGCUAAGAACUUUAUUUGGACAAAUUCAAAGGCGAUUUUCUCAGUAUUUAGAUUUUUUUGCACCCUCAGAUUCCAGAUUUUCAAAUAGUUGUAUCUCGGACAAAUAUUGUCCGAUCCUAACAAACCAUUCAUCAAAGGAAAACAUUUAGAUGAGGUGACUUGUUUCUCCAUUCUUUGUUUAGAGAAACGUUUAAAUUUGCAUGAAGGGAAAAGCUGAUCUAGUUCUCAC